AUGUUGGACUUGGGAUUCAACACAUUGAUAGGAAGGCUCCCAAAUUCAUUGGGAUACUUAAAGAAGUUGAGGGACCUUCAACUGUGGGAGUACAUGUUUAGAGGUUCAAUUCCCAAUUCCAUUGGAAACUUGUCUUCCUUGGAGUACUUGUACCUCUUGGAUAAUGAAAUGAGUGGUAGCAUCCCAGGAAAGAUCCUGGAGAUAUUUGGGAACUUGAAAGAUUUAGAAACCCUUGAUCUUUCUCACAACAAACUUGUGGGUGAAAUCCUAGAAAACAUGGUUUCUUUGACCUUUCUAAAUCACUUGAACCUAUCGUUUAACAAUUUAUCUGGUAAAAUACCCACAAACAACCAAUUUCAGACCUUCGGUGAUCCAUCCAUUUAUGAGGGAAAUCUUGCACUUUGUGGGACUCCACUAGCAACCAAAUGUAGUAGCAGUGGUAGUGGCAAUGGGGAGGCACCUUCUGGUGGGGGCAAAGACGAUGAAGACGUUAAAGGUCUGUUGGAAAAGCUAUGGUUAUACUUGACUGUAGCACUAGGAUUCUUCAUGGGAUUUUGGGGAGUCUGCGGCAGUUUGAUGAUUAAGAAAUGGUGGAGACUUGCAUAUUUUUAUUUUCUCGAUAAAAUAACAGAUGAAACCACUAUAUUAAUCUUCGUAACCGCUAAUCGUUUGAAGAGGAUUGUUGAUAUGUGA